AUUUUCAUAGUUACAAGUUUUUUAAAAACAUUUAAAUAAUCAUUAAAUAAUAAACAGAAUUUUAAAAACCUAAAUGAAUCAAAGGGCAAACAAUAAUCCGAGUCAAAAAUGGUCGUUGUAUAUAUCUAAACUUAAAAAUUGUAGAAAGCGCAAAAAAGAAAAAUGUCCAAUAUGCCAGAAAAUUAUUUCAAAUAUUUCAAUAUAUCGCUAUAAUAAUCAUGUAGAACAAUGUUCAAGAAUGUUUGAAUUACGAACUAAGAUGUACAACGAAGACGUGAUAAAUAUGGAUAAAAGUGUUGAAUGUGCAAUUUGUCUGGACAAUAUGGAAUGUGGACAGAGAAUAGCUCGACUAAAGUGUUUAUGUACAUACCAUAAGGCUUGCAUAGACUUAUGGUUAAAUAAAAAUACAUGGUGCCCGAAUCAUCCACCUCUAUAA